AUGGGCUGCUUCCUUGGCUGCUUCGGGGGCGCCAAGUCCAAGGAGCGCCGCCACCGCAGGCGGAAGCGGUCCCCGGCGCAGUCCCCCAGCGCCCGCGCCCGCCACCACUCCCCCAGCAAGGCCGACCUCCACGCCGAGGCCGUCUCCGCCGCCGCGCCGCUCCUCUCCACGCUCCUCGAGCUCAGGGAUUCCGCCGAUGACCUGUGCCUCACCGUCGUGAAGAAGAAGGUGACGUUCGACUCCAACGUGACCGCGUACGAGGCGCCCCCGAUCCCGGAGGAGGCCGACCCGGCUCCGGCGGGCGGGGACGAGGAGGCGUCGUGGAUGCUGGCGCCGGACUGCGCGAAAUCCGAGGCGUUCCCGCUCAACCACAGGUACGGCAACUGCGCCGGCGCCGCCGACGACGACAGCGACUACGAGGACUGCUAUGACUCCGACGACGACGAGUAUGAGGAUGAGGAUGACGAGGAGGGCGAGGACGGGAUCGACGCCAUCGACGACGACGAGGAGCAUGGCGGCGGGCUCCUGGGCAUCGCGCGCGGCGAGGAGGAGGCGUGCGAGUCCCUCUUCCUGCUCCCGGUCACCAGGACCACCAAGGAGAGCGCCGGCCCACUUGCCGCGGCGGAGGCGCGCGCACCCGUGCUCGGCUCGGUGGAGAAUUUCACCGAGUGGCAGGACGCCAAACCCCGCACCACCGCCACCGCCACCGCCACCGCCGCCGCGCCCAAGAACUCGGACAAGGAGAACACCGUCGCGCUCGGGGUGGACAAGCUCUCCGACCCGGCCAAGAAGAACGACAACAAGCCGGCGGUGAGCUCGGACUACACCCCCAGCACGCCGAGCAAGCAGGAGGCCUCGGUGGACGCCAGCCUCUCGACGUGGCUGGGCUCCGCGGGGACGCCGGAGAGCCACUCCGUGCGCUCCUACUCGCCCAUCAGCCGCGAGGACCGGCCCAUCCUGGGAGCCCUGACCGUGGAGGACAUCAAGAUAUCCUCGGCCAACUCGUCGCCCAGUCGCCGGUCAAGGUCCCCGAGCCCGAGCCCCGAUGACAUGCCCAUCCUCGGCACCGUGGGGGCUUACUGGAACUGCAGCGACAAUUCCGUGACGAGAGGGGGGUUUAUGAAGACCAGGAGCAGAUUUGGGCAGACUGAUGAUCUUGCGAUGAUUAUUUGUGUAGAAUUUCGCAUGAUGAAAUGGUGA